AUGCUGCUGCAUAGACAACCGAUUAGGCUGCUUUCUGGCAGCUCUAACGACCUUGGUAUUAUUUGCCGCUUCAUUUUAACUCCCCAGAUAUGCACGCUUUUGGCGUUUAUCUUCGUUCUGAUGGACGUAGCCCAAUUUGCGGACUUAAAUUUUACUAUCAGGGGAGGAUUUCCAGCGCAGUGGAGAAUGCCAUUUUGGAAAGGUUUAGAGAUUCCAUAUUUUCCACAGUCUCAUCAUCUGUAGGUUUUAUCUUGUGUGACAUCGCGAUGUUCAUCGCUCACAUAAUUCUUUUCGGUUUCACUGUUGCACUUGUUGUGGCUAUUUCAUGGCCAGAAAAAUUCGUAUGUGUUUUUACCUCCUAAUUCUCUUAGCGUAUUUAUACCCUGAAACCUGCUGUCUUUAAUUAUUUUCUCGUGCUCCUUUUGCACACAAUUGUGGAACUUGGAGUCAGCACUUAUAUAUACUCAUGGUAUGGCCUAGCUGCGUGGGUAGGUUUCAGACUAUUUUAACCUUAUGUUUCAGAGAGCACCUUACCUUAUCGUCAACAUAAUGUUUUAUAUUAUUCGUUUUGUUUUACAUGUAAGUCAUUCUAUUUCCUUUUAAUAAUUAUGCAUUAUGAAAUAAAUAGGAAGACAAACUCACGCAGAAUUUAUAGCUCGAGGAUCCUUUUUUAUUUAACUAAAUGUCACUUUUAGUGAUAGAGAAUAAUCUAGACUUCUAGCCAUUUCGGGGGCUUCUGCGCAUAAGCUUGAAUAUUUUUCAAUUUAGUGAAGAACGAUGUGAUUUAACGACGUUGUUGACAAUUCCGAUUUCAGAAAUACAAAAUAAUAAUGUUCGAACUCACUGUGCGCACUUAACGCCAUGUUAGUGCGCGGUUCGCCGGUGUGUUUCUUCCUUCGUUGCAGCUGGGAGAUACAUACAAAUAAUCUUUCCUUCAUUCGUAAUUUUGACAAACAAAAUGUCCUCAAAUAGAACUGAGUAAUCGGAAAACAUUAUGGUAUUCCAACCAUAGACAUUUGUCGAAGAAAGUCCAAGGUUCGUCCGAUAGCUGUCAAGUAAAGUAAAGUGCGCUUUCACAUAACUGAAUAAUAGGUUUAAAGAAGUUAAAGGUUUGAUUAAAAGCACGACAUGAAAUUGAAGUAGACGUCGAAAAACAUUGGUCGAAGUGUUGAUAACCAGUUUUUUUUCUAGUUGUUAUUCGUAGUUGGUUUUGCCAUAGAUCCUUUGAUUUUUGCUACUUUUGCAUGUUUUUUAAAAAUGUGUAAGCUAUUCCACGCGGUGGCAGAUUUAUCAAACCCAUUCUUAUUUACUUCAGGUAUGGUUUCUCGUUAUCAGCUAUUCCUAUAUUUUGGAACUGAGACAAGAACUUUACGCCCCAGUUGAUCCCGAAAUGAGUCAAGAAAUUGAAGCCCUCAGCAUAGCUCCCAGUGCUAUAUCUGGGGUCAGGUACUCAGGACGUCAUUAUGCUCCAUCUUCCAUUGCUGGGUCUCAUAUGCGUUAAGAAGCUGUAUGCUGGCAUCAAGCAGUCCAUCGUCUUCACUUAUGUAAACGUUGGAAUGAUAAGCUAUAUUUAUUGUAGACAUAAUGUGCCCUUCUGUUUAUAAUUAUGUUCAAAAAAAUGAUGCAAUGAACACAAUAACUUAUUGAUACGGUUCUUAUACUGUCCGAGAAAGUGUCAUCUUUUUGUCUCUUGACUUGCCCUUUUGUUUUUUCGGAGCAUCGCGUGCACUCUAGUCAUCAUAGAAUCCAGACAGACCUAAAUUAAAAAGCAUAAAUAAUCGGUGUUAUUGUGGUCUGACUUGAAUAGUUUAUUGUUCAGCAUAAAACGGAAUUGAGCUUUAAGCUGCCAUCUUCUUAAUAAAACCCGUUUUCAACUGUUAGGCAAGCUUUGCCCAGUUAAGAUACACUUUCUCGAGCAAAGUCCGAAAAGAGAUUCCCUUAGUUUGUAGAAUUCUGUGAUUUUGGCACUACUAUGACUUGGUCUGGGAAUACUUUAAAGAGGAGGAACAGUUGCGUACAUUGAUGUGAGGACAAAGGAUAUGUUGAAGAAUGCAAUCCUUUAAUGAUCGUCUUCAACGUAUGGAAUCAUGUGUCUUCGUGCAGCAGAAUUAGCCAGUAUUUGUUUACCCAGCUGUGCGCUUUGGAGCUAGUGUCUGAUGUUCGGUUGUUAAACAACGACCACGAAGCCCUAAACGUUUGUUUUGACGCGUUAUAAGCAUUUGAGAACUUUGAUUGUACAGUAAAUAUGUUUCUGACCGCGGGUUUAAAUCCAAGAAGUCUUCUGCUCUAUUCCGGCCAAUCUGGUCUGCAGUGCUUUUUGUGUCAUUUAACAAAAGUGACUUUACGCUGUUAUUUAUUUUAGGUAACUUAAGUUCUGCCAUAUAGUUCAGUCUCAGAUUUUUUUAUCUGCAGAUUAGGUGUUUUUGAAAAAUGUGUAAACACUUUCCUCUUUACCAGCCCAAUAACCAAAUGCAUUUGGUCUGAUCUCAAUGCAUACAUGUGAAAAUGACCGUCUGUUCAAAGAAACUGUUUACCUCAUUUCAAAAUCUGAACAAAUAGGCAAUUGUAACAUAUUUUUGAAAGAAAUGUAAGAACAUAGUUUGUAAGAUAACCUGAGGCAAAAACAUUUAAAAUAGUCAGUCUUUGAAUCAGGGAAGUCCACUUUUUCAUAUCGGGCUCACAGAAUCUUGCGUGUUUUAGACUUCCAUCCUCUCAUGGUGGGAGCAAUUGCGCAUAGAGGGUCUAGGCGGGACGUAAAAAGGUUUGGGUCAGCGAGCAGUGUACGCAUAUUUCCGUAUUGAGCGUACGCAUUUGACGCACUUGGCGAGGCGCUGCACCGAUCAGGUGCUUCAGACUUACACCACUUAUAUGUAGCGGACACAUUACUUCAACACAUAUAUACUUGUCUAGAAGUCAUAAUGUCCUUCGCCAAACAUCAUUAGCUUGCGUGUGUUCACCUAUAUUCGACAUUCUGGCGAAAGGCAUAUUGCAGAAACCCACCUUUAACCCGAAACUGUAAUAGCGCUGUGUAGAUGGUACAUAUGCCAUGGCCAAAAAGAUCAGCUUGGUGUGUUACGUAUAAAUCUUAAUUCCAUAUAACCUGGAGUUGAGCAUGCUUUUGCAACUGGAGUUGAUAGGCGAGUCCCAUUGCUGUGUGUCCCCGUUCAUCGAAGGGCUGGUGGACCACUUUGAACAUUAAAAUGUUGCAAGUAGUUUGACCUUGGCGAGCGGCGAUGUCCCACGGGGAGGUCGCAUAAUGGCGACUUCCGCGUAAAUCAGUUUAUAAAUAGAGCAAUAUCUGUUGCACUUCCUGCCACUGGUGGCAAAAUAAGUCAAGGCGACCGACGUUGGGCUGACAAAGUCAAAAAACCCGCCCGAGCGUGCCACACGCUAUCUGGUCAACGUAAAAUGUGCUGGGCAUUCACAAGUGUCGGGUAUGUAUUAGGCAUUUACAAGAGGCAGAUCAGUGACGGUGUCACAGGGUCACAACCAAAAAGAGUCACUGGGUCUUGCUUGCAGUCCUGCAAACAGAUAACACUUUUGACCAGAGCUCUUCAAUUUCCUACCUACUGUGUUCUGCUAUACAAUCAGGCAGAUAAUCGUGGUGCAGAACAGCCUGAAUGCAACCGAAAGAUCGUUAGGCUGAAUGGCCACCUCUACAGUUGACCCGUUACCGGAUGGGCAAUCUUUGACUCCAACACCUAGUGGGCUAGACGUAACUGUUGAAUUCUACUCUAUCUUUUAUAGUCAGUUGGACAAAUUUAUUGCUUAUGCCCUAAAAACCUCUUCAAGGGUCUGGCAUAUCGGUUCGGUUCUGCAGACGCACUUAGCAUAGUUUGUAAGCAUAAUAGUAAAUAGUUUCACUAAGAGGGCCUAAAGGGGUCCAAGAUCCAGAAAAAGUGUGUCCUCUGAGAUGGUAGAGGUGUCGGCUUCUAGAGAUGUUGUCAGGUACCUUGGCGACUGAGUCGCAGCCGCCUCUGAUUGGUAAGGCAUGCCCGUUUUGUUGCUGCGAGCGAAUUUUCUGUUAGAAAUGAAAGACAAAUCCCUCAUAAAGGGCGAUUGAUUACUGGAGGGGAUAGUUCUUUCAAUAAGAAGGGGUAGAUGAUUGCAACGGCAAGUCGGAGACUCAUAAUGCCCGCGAUUCAAGCUUAGCUGUGAAAAUGAAAUCUAGAAGAAGACGAAGGCACAGUCACUGGGACGGUAGAUUUAUUGGCUUUAGCCUUCGAACUCGAACUGUAGUUCAUCAUCAGAGACUGCUAGAGUGCAGCAACGUAUGAACAUUUAUAUCGCUGUGCCGUAAUUGGGGGGGGGGGGAGGGACUAAGUCCGUGCCCAGGUCUGGUUUUUUCUGCCUGGCCCACAAUGAUCACCCGACGUGGUGGCGGCGUUUUCACUUCAUGGCGAUGUGAGCUGCGCCACCCCGUUUCGUGGGCGUAGUGCGUGAUAACACACGUGAUAAAUGUUCACACAUUGCUGCACUCUAGCGGUCCCCGAUGAUGAACUCCAGUUCGAGUUCAAAAGCUAAGGCCAAUAAAUCUACCGUCCCAGUGAUCGUGCCUUCGUCUUCUUCUAAACAAGAACCUGGGAUGCGCAUGUUCUCCUCCAUUCCAGAAAAUGAACUUUCAUAGCGCUAUGUUGCUCUAUUCAGUGACCUACCAUAAGUAAUGUUUUAUCUUUUAAAAUUUGCUGCUAAUCCACACUUACGAGGAAAUUGCUUUUUGUAUGGAAAAAGGCUAAAAGAAUUGUCUCCGCCACAUUCUGCUUCGGUACACCGGCCAAACGGUGUACCGACAAGACGGUCAGUAAUGAGCCAGAAAUGGCCAUCCCAGUCCCUCUUCUCUUGUUGGUACACCGUUUGGCCUUUUGUUAUAUGUUGUACUAAGAUUGCUUCUGGAGCCACGUGGUAGAUGAGCUGGACAGGUUGGAGCCGGGAAUGUGCCUCCCGCCAUAACAAAAGCCCCCAUUUGGGGUGUGGUAGCAGGCCCGGCUGCCCGUUCACGCCGUGCCGACUGGGAUCCGUCUCAUGUCCCUAUUUCCUUGACGUAUGAAAUCCUGAUCGGUGUGGAUUUUGGAUCAGGGCUUGUGGUUUCAAGCCUAGGUGAGUGUCUUCGUCGUGCCAGCCACCUGCGUCCCCAUUCCUGCUUCCAGCCAUCUUGACUCCGUCAUGAUGGUAGGCUCAAGUUGGUGAGGAGGUGAGAUUGCGUUAGAUGCCACGAAAUCCUGCCAUUGCUAUUAGAUUAUUUGUGCGCACGUUUCUGUCCCUAUGUCUCCUUGCUCACACGCGGUGGACCUGUUCGUAUACGGCGGUCGAACUGGCGUGUUCUGGAAAAUGUUCACAAACAUUCGUCUUUCUUUUGCAUCAGGUGUAUUUAGCUCGCAUUGAAAUCAGAACAAAUGCUCCAACUGCCUGACAUCGCCUCAAAUCUCUAUGAUGCCCUAUCCGUGUGAAUAGUACUGCUCGCCUGCUUCAAAUUUUGUUGGCAUACUCAAACUCCGCGUGUACUAGAUCAGAAUGUGGCGGGAGACAAUUAUUUUAGCCUUUUUUCAUGCGAAAAAGCAAUUGGUGGAAUAGCAACAAAUUUUUAAAGAUAGAAUAUUACCUAAGGUAGGUUACUGAAUAGGGCAACAUAGCACGAUGAAAAUGCAUUUUUUCAGAUGAGUUUGAAUCGCGGACAUUAUGAGUCUCCAACUUGCCGUUGCAAUUAUCUACCCCUUCUUCUUGAAAGAGCUAUCCCCUCCAGUAAUCAGUCGUCCUUUACGAGGGGUUUGUCUUUCAUUUCUAACAGAAAAUUCGCUUGCAGCAACAAAACUGACUCGCCUUACCCAUCAGAAACGGCUACGACUCAGUCUUCAAGGUACCCGACACAAUUUCUAGAAGCCAACCCUUCCACCUCCUCAGAAGGCGCACGUUUUGUGGAUCUUGGGUCCCUAAGGCCCUUUUACUGAAAUUACUUAAUACUAAGCUAAUAGACUAUGUUAAGUGCGUCGGCAGAACCGAGCCGAUAUGCCAGACCCUUGAAGAGGUUUUUAGGGCAUAAGCAAUAAAUAUGCCUAAGUGACUGUUAAGGUAAGAUGAGGACCGUUCUGCACCACGAUUAUCGGCCUGAUACUUUGUACGCACGUUUUUGUCCCUAGACCUCCCUGCUCUGGAGCGCAAGCUGGACUCGUUCAGAUACUACGGUCGAACUGGCGUGUUCUGAGAGAUAGUUGCGACUCAAGUCUACUGUACUUUGAAAACAAAUCAUGCUGAAAUCGCCGUUCCUGCUUUCACCAUGCUGUGGAUCACACGGUGGACCUGGUUGGAUACGAGGUUUCAACUGUCGGGUCGCCGGUCACAGUGUGAUGGAUUCGGAAUUAACCUGCAAAUCCUAUGCAUGAUGUUAAGGCGCGAUUGCUGUGAGGACAGGCUCAGAGCGAUUUUGCAUUGCUGAUGUUGAUAAAAGUGAGGACGGUGCUUUCUGGGACGUAGGUAGUGCUCUCCGCGGUAAUAGGAAUGGGAGUGGUGGAAAUCGUCUUCACUCUACUGGUGAACCAACACUGGGGCUAGAUCUGUGUCCGACAUGCGUUAUUGGGAAUGGGCAAUAGAUGGCACGCGCCUCGCUAUUCGGAAUUUGAGCUGACCCCUCCUUUUCCAUGUUAUUUAAAGUCCUUAUCAGUUGUUCGGAUUUCGCUGUGCCAGGCACCUCCGGUCUUUCUGACCCUGUCUUGACACCAGACGCGGGUGAGGAAGAGGGAGAAGGUGUGGUAGGUGCCGCGCAUGCCCGCUGUCACUAUACAAGGUAAGGAUCUGGUAAAGGCCUCCGACAAUCUACGGCCUACAAAUAAUGUCUACUACAUGCGUUUAAGUAGGUUGCGUUUUAUUCAUUACUCUCCUAAACACGGAAUUUGCUCACGGACGCUGCAUUACCUGCCAUGAACUUAACUUCACGCGCACUUCACCGUCCCUGCUCUCACCCCGCUAUGGAGCACACAAUGAAGAUUGUCGAAAACGACGGUCGAACUGUCAGUCGUCGUUGUUCCCGUCGUCACUGGCAGCAUGGCAGCGAGGAUAUAGGUCGCGGUGUGCGUCUACUCAUCGAUGGGAGGGGUAGUGAGGUUGGUGGAUGUCUUCGUGGGCGUCAUGAUGGUCCUGGCAGGGCGUUUGGUAAGGCAGCAAGUGGAGCUGUCGGCUUGAUUUUGCACUGGGUUCGGGGAUGUCCGCCUAGGCCCAUUAGCGUGUAGAAUAUCAGGUAACAGCCUAGAAAAUUUGCAGUUGUUGGAGUGCCGAGGAAGUGGGUCCGCGGUCUUUUCGACUUGUGAGUGGCCCUUUUGGUUUAGGCGGCAGUGAUACGGUUGAUUUCUUGAACUGCCGCUUUAGUCUUCGUUGAACUUGCCCAGUCGGUCUUGGACGAGAUUAUCCUAGCAGUCUGGAGGCGCUGCCGAUAAAAAUACAGCUGGCACGUCUCGUACUCACUCAACCCAACUAACUAUUCAUUUUUCGUUCGGCUUUCUCGCCCGAACUUCGGUCUGGGACGGGAACACUUGUAGUGGCCCUACUCCAAGCGCCUGUCUCAACAAUGGGCAUCUCGCGAGUGCCUGGACAUGCGCGUCAGGACUGUCCGGCAUUCGCCCACUCGGCUCUCCAGCUGACCAAUCAAAUUCCAGCCCGAGUCAGACGUGUCCUGGCUUAAGAUGCUUUGACACUUGGGACGCUGACCAUCCGGCGCCGGACGAGCCCUCGUCCGGUUUCCAACUCUCUCCAACUGCUUCUUCAGUUAUUCUGUACAGAAGAUACUAUCCUUCCCACUGGUGUCCGCCCUCACUUUCCAUUCGGGACUGCGCCUGAUGGUCGUCGCAGCCAGGGUCUCACUGGCAGCCUAGCCUAUCUGCGAUAGGUUAACCAGCGUUGCCCGUGAUAAAUACUUCAGUUUCGGAAUCUCAGCUAACUUAGGACAAACCGUUCGGAUUGAAACUUUACAUGCUUCAGUGUGAAAGACACUCGUGGCCUAGCCUAUCUGUGAUCAGAGUACCGUAGGUCGCGUUAAGGAGCCAGCAGUCCGCCACUCCACACGUAACACACACAACUGGGCAGACUGCGGGGUCUGAGUUGGGGCGUCAGUCAGCAGCCUUCCAAUCCGCGGCGCUUGACGCGUCGGGAUAGCCUCAGAAUCGAAUCACACAUGCAACAAAGAGGCAGCAUGGACACUGAGUCGAGACGCACACAUUCAAAUUGCGUGGGAGUUGGCAGUUGAAUGCUUGUGGUGGAUGAUGUUGCGUGUUGUGUGUGGAGGAAGAUGUGAUGGUGUGGCGUAGCCGGCAGAUGUCUACCGCAGGUUUUCGUAGAUGUGCAUGUGGCCUAGUAGGCCCAUGCGGUGGGAGAAUGUGCGGGUGCAGUGAGGGCAGUUGAGGCGGAUGCGGCGAGUGUACAGUUGCUUGACCGAUCUCAUGAAAUGUUGGCCAAAUUCUGGAAUGCGUUUCCGAUUAGGAAGGAUUACUUAAGUGGGCUUGUUAUACUGAUAACCCUGCAGCAUAACCCUAUAACACUUUGGACUCGCCAGAAUGUCGGCUUUUGAAUGCACUUAUUUUUGACCUCCUACAGAAACCGCACUCGGUAAACAAUGACUGCCUAUGUGGCAUGCAUUUUUCCUAUUGAUUUUCGAUGGUCUUGUAAAUUUAAAUAUAUUUUACAGAAAAACAUACACAGAAAUAUACCUUUUUGCUCAUUUGGUAGGAAAUCACAUUUUUUUCAUAUUUUAUGCCCGAGGAAAGUGUAUAUUUAGGUUUUAAAAAGGUUUCUAAUUAUGAGAUUUUGAAGGCCGUGCGAUGUCCCUGCAUGCAAGACCGCACAUGUCCGUUUACUAAUGCUCCUCAUGAAAUGUACAACACAGUCCGGAUCCAUUGCAAAAAUUUCAUGAACUCUAUGUGAUAUCUUCCUAAACGCAGGGAGGAAUAUAUGAUUUCUCUUACGCGGAAAGCAUGCGCCUUGUUGACUGUAAUUGCUAAACACUGAAGCAACGACAGAUCGGGCUGCAAAUUAUUCGGGAAUUAGGAAACUUUUUAAAACCUAAAUACACAAUUUCUUCGGGUAUAAUAUACAAAGACAAUGUAAUUUCCUUCCGAGUCAGCAAAAGAAAGCAUAUUUGGUACAUGGUUUCUGCAAAAUAUAUCUGCAUUUACAAAACUAUCAAAAAUCAAUAGGAAAAAUGCAUUCUACAUAAGUAGCUAUUUUUUACCCAGUGUGGUUUCUGCAGGUCGAAUAGAAGUGCAUUCAAAAGCCGACAUCCUGGCGAGUCCGAAAUGUUAUAGGGUUGUGCUGCAUGAUAAUCAGUAUAACAACCCCACUUAAGUAAUCCUUCCUAAUCGGAAACGCAUUCCAGAAUUUGGCCAACAUUUCAUGAGAUCGGUCACGCACUGUAUGUGGAAGCUCUAGGCACUGGUUCGCCAGUCUUUCUGCGAUGGAAUCGCAAGCGACCGACCGGGCCAAUGCGUGCGUUGAAUGUACGGUGUCAGUGGGGACAGGAGAAGGUGGUGUCGUGCUGAUGGUGGACGCGCUGGACGACGAGGUGUGUGUGUUGAGAUAGGCAUGGUGGAUGUGCAGGAUGUGUCAGGUGUGUCAAGGCUGCGGUCAAUUCCGCUCUCGUGGAUACGCACGUAACCGAAUAGACCCAUGCGGCGAGUAAAUGUUCCGAGGCAGUGCGGACAGCGGAGGCGAAUGCGGCGAGUGUAGGUUGGUGCUUCUCCACUACAAACAUAAAAGUCGUGGCCCCAUAGUGGGAUUCGGUCGCGCCAACCAGGCACAUAGGCAGGCCGAUUCAGGGGCGGCCCUGCCUGCCCCCACGAAGGGAAGGGCUUAGAAAAGGUGGCCUAAAAAAUGCUGGGCAUAACGCCGUCUGCACGUUAGCCAGGGCAGCAGAUGCCAUCAACACGGUCGAAAAAAUCAAAAUCGAAACAACAACAACAACAACAACAACCAUACUCAUUCUCCUCAUCCUACCUCUCCUUCAUCUUCCUCCGUCUAUUCUUCUGCCUAUUCUUCUCCUUCGUCAUCUUCUUCUCCACCUCCUUCCUGUCGUCCCACUCGUUGUCCUCAGACUGGCAGGGUGAGCCCGCUCACUCUGGCAGCCUGGGAUGUUCGUUCCCUUUUAGACAAUCCGAGGAGCAACCGACCGGAACGAAGGACGGCGCUAGUGACACGGGAACUGGCGCGCUACAAGGUGGAAAUCGCCGCACUCAGCGAGACCCGAUUCUCCGAACAAGGUCAACUGGAGGAGGUGGGUACCGGCUACACCUUCUUCUGGAGCGGUCGACCCAGGGCAGAGCGACGGGACGCGGGUGUCGCCUUCGCCAUUCGGAACGACAUCGUGGGACGACUGCCUUGUUUGCCGCAGGGCAUCAAUGAUCGCCUGAUGAGCCUCCGCCUGCCUCUCUGGGGAGGCCAAUUCGCCACCAUCAUCAGCGCCUACGCUCCGACGAUGAGCAGUCCCGACGCCGCCACAGGAGACAAAUUCUACGAGGACCUGCACGCCCUCUUGGCGACUGUGUCGAAGGCGGACAAGUUGAUUGUCCUUGGUGACUUCAACGCCCGCGUCGGCACAGACCAUACUGCCUGAAGAGGAGUGCUGGGCCCCCACGGUCUCCGCGGCUCCAACGAAAAUGGUCUGCUGCUGCUUCGCACCUGCACAGAACACCGCCUCAUCCUGACGAACACCUUCUUCUGUCUGCCGGAGCGAGAGAAGGCCACCUGGAGGCAUCCUCGGUCGCGCCACUGGCACCUGCUGGAUUAUGUCCUCGUCCGGAGGCGAGAUCAGCGGGACGUGCUGGUGACGAAGGCGAUCGCGGGCGCUGACGGGUGGACCGACCAUCGCCUCGUCAUCUCGAAGAUGCGUAUUCGCCUAGAGCCUCGCAGGAGACCACAAGGUAAGCGACCCCCAGGUAAGCUGAAUGUUGUCUUAUUGUCUUUGCCACCUCACCCUCUUCAUUUCAGCAAUGAGCUAGCUGAACGGCUAGACAACGUUCGAAUCGCUGCCGACGCCGCCAUUGCCGAGAACGCCUCCGUGGAGACCGCUGGUGUCAACUGCGAGACACGGCCAGGCGACGGCGCUCGCCGUCCUCGGUCAUGCUCCUCGCCAACACCAGGACUGGUUCGACGACAACGACGCCGCCAUCAGAAAUCUGUUCUCCGAGAAGAACCGCCUACACAAAGCCUACGUAGAUCACCCCACUGAGGACAGCAAGGCUGCCUUCUUCCGCAGUCGCCGCCAACUUCAGCAACGACUGCGCGAGAUGCAGGAUGCCUGGACUGCUCGCAAAGCUGAGGAGAUCGAAGGGUACGCGGACCGCAACGAAUGGAAGAACUUCUUCUCUGCGAUCAAAGCUGUCUACGGUCCGCCGACGAAGGGCACUGCUCCUCCCCUCAGCGCCGACGGCAGCACUCUCCUGACUGAGAAGACGCAAAUCCUACAGCGAUGGGCCGAACAUUUCCGAGGCGUCCUCAACAGCCCCUCCGUCAUCUCCGACGCCGCCAUCGAGCGUUUGGCGCAAGUAGAGACCAACGUGGACCUCGACCUACCGCCAUCUCUCCAGGAGACCAUCGGGGGCGGGCAGCAGCUCUCCAGCGGGAAAGCACCCGGAUCGGACGCAAUGCCUGCUGAGGUCUACAAGCACGGAGGUCCCCAACUGAUGGAUCACCUGACUGCGCUCUUCCAAGAGAUGUGGCGUCAAGGUGAAGUCCCGCAAGAUUUCAAAGACGCAACCAUCGUGCAUCUCUACAAGCGCAAAGGGAAUCGCCAAGUCUGCGACAUCUCCCUGCUGAACAUCGCCGGGAAGAUCUUCGCACGAAUCCUCCUCAACCGCCUCAAUAACCACCUGGAACAGGGCCUUAUGCCGGAAAGCCAAUGCGGCUUCCGUCGUCAUCGCGGGACCACGGAUAUGAUCUUCGCCGCCCGUCAACUUCAGGGGAAGUGUCAGGAGAUGCGGACCCACCUGUACCCUACCUUCGUGGACCCGACGAAAGCCUUCGACACGGUGAAUCGUGAAGGACUGUGGAAGAUCAUGCAGAAAUUCGGCUGUCCGGAGCGAUUCACUCAGAUGGUGCGUCAGCUGCACGACGGUAUGAUGGCGCGAGUCACGGACAACGGAGCUGUCUCAGAGGCAUUCGCAGUGACCAACGGCGUGAAGCAGGGCUGCGUAAUGGCACCCACCCUCUUCAGUCUUAUGUCCUCUGCCAUGCUGAUGGACGCCUACCGCGACGAACGCACCGGGAUCCGCAUCGCCUACAGGACGGACGGUCACCCUCUGAAUCAACGGCGGAGGCAAUUCCAAUCGCGCUUAUCCACAACCGCCGUUCUCGAGAUUCUGUUCGCCGACGACUGCGCCCUGAACACCACCUCGGAAGAAGAGAUGCAACGGAGUAUGGACCUGUUCUCCGCCGCCUGCGAGAACUUCGGUCUGGUCAUUAAUACGCAGAAGACGGUGGUGAUGCACCAACCGCCACCCAACUCAGCCACACCCGCCAACGCGCCGCCGCAAAUCAGCGUGAACGGAACCCAACUGCAGGUUGUGGAGAACUUUCCGUACCUGGUCAGUACUCUCUCCCGCAACACCAAGAUCGAGGACGAAGUCUCCAACAGGAUCUCAAAAGCCAGUCAAGCCUUCGGUCGCCUCCAAAGCUCACUUUGGAAUCGUCACGGUCUCCAACUGAGCACGAAGCUGAAGAUGUACAAGGCCGUCAUCCUGCCGACGCUGCUAUACGGAGCGGAGACUUGGGCGGUGUACACGAAGCAGGCACGCCGACUGAACCACUUCCACCUCAGUUGUCUGCGUCGCAUCCUGAGACUGAGUUGGCAGGAUCGCAUCCCCGACACUGAUGUGCUGGAAUGA